UAGGACAGGGAACCAGAUUACCGCUCAGACCUACGAGGUUCUCGUGUCAUACGAGACCUUCGUCAGGUGGCGUUGUUGUUGUGUUGCUUUCUUCAUAAAAAGUGAUCAUGGACGUAUUUUUGAUGAUCCGAAGGAAGAAGGUGACAGUUUUCACAGAUGCAAAGGAGUCAACCACAGUAUUGGAAGUCAAGAAAAUUGUUGAGGGUAUUGUGAAACAAAAGACAGAAGAUCAAAGACUAUUCAAAGAUGACCAGCCCCUAGACGACAAUAAGACAUUGGGAGAUUGUGGGUUUACAAGUGCAACAGCCCGAGCACAGGCUCCAGCUACCAUAGGCCUCGCAUUUAGACUUGAUGGUAAGGCUUUUAAUAUCAGUCAAUCUGAAUUCAUGUUUUCAGACCACUUGAGCUUAAGGUUGUUGAAAUGACUAAGAGUUUAGCUA